UGACUCCGCCCGUGUCGAAACGGGAAGUCAUGGCUGAAGAUCGGUGCGGCUCUUCCGAAAGUAUCCGGAUUCAUACUGCUGGUAUGCCGUUACUGUGUCCCCAGCUGACGAUGCUGCGCUGUUAGCCGGGCAGUGCGGAAGGGACGCCAUUUGCGCCACGUUUCGCUGAGUCUCGCACCUGCCCGCUUCCUGUUCUCGCACCAUGUUCUGCCGCUGCCAGGAGACCCCACGGUGGAUGAAUCAACACUCUGAAUACAGCCUGCAGUUAUAACCCCUGCCCGCUUCUCCAGCGAGGCGGAGUUCCGGUCUGUCAGCCGACUGGGUCGACUCAUCGCGCUCGUCACAGCCUACGCUAAUUCGGGCUGCUUCUCGUGACAAUGGUCUCCAGGUCGGGUGAGAUGCAAGCGCUCGAGUCGGACGCGCCAGAGGGCUUGCUGGGGGGCAUGUCGCUGCCACUGGGAAUGACGCGCCGGGGCCUGAGCUACGACGAUGCCCUGGAAGCCCCCAUGUCGCCCCCACCGCCUGACAUCAACGUCAACAUCCUGUGGAAGCGGCCCGUCAUUCCAGAGAGGAAGUUCCAGCGUUUGGCAGAGGAAGACGAAGCUGGUGGUUCCCUCACUCAGGGCUCCUGCUCGGACUCCGCCGCCACCUCCCAGCCUCCGGUGGUGAAGGCCAAAGCGUCCUCCAUCAUCAUGAACUCCCUCAUGACCAAGCAAACCCAGGAGAGCAUACAGAGGUUCGAGAUGCAGGCCGGCCUCACAGAUGCCGGGUACACGCCCCACAAGGGGCUGGCGGCCGAAGAGGCUCGAUACCUCCGUAUGGCGGAGAGUCUACAUAAGCUGAAGAUUCAGGAGUCUAGAGAGGAGAGGCAGUCGAGCUCUGCGCAGUCUACACCGAACACCACCCCACAGUCGUCCCCCAAGCCAAAGCGCAGGGGCUGGUUCAGCCAGGGUUCCAUUCCGCCAGAAUUUGCCAGCACUAAUCCCACCGCCGUAGGUAGCGGCGGCAGCGAGGGGGGAACCGGUGACCGAUGGAGUGUCUUUGGGCCGCGCCCCGCGGUCCACAAGUCCACCACUGAUCCAGGGGGCUUUGCGCUCCAGGCUUACAGAGGAGCCCAGAAGCCCACACCCAUGGAAGUGAUGAAGGCCCAUGCCACCCGCCUGGCCGAGGACCCCGCCAACCUCCAGCCCCCCAAGUUGGACAUCCCUGGCACGGAGGCGAGGAGGCAGCCCCCCCGCUCACAUAACCUCAAGCCGCGCGACUUGAACGUGCUCACGCCCUCCGGCUUCUAACCAUUCCGCGCCCCUCCGCCGUCGGUUAGCAUAGCGUCGCCAUAGCGCCUGAUAAGCCUGUUGAUUCAUGCUCACUAAAUAAAGACUGAUCCCAGUAGUCCCAGCCAUCCAGUCUCUCUUGCGCCCCCAGCUGGAUCGAGCCCUGAAAUACACCCAAAACAUAAGUAAAAGCUAUAUUCCCUCAACCAGACUUUAUGGCACUAUAAUAGAAAGAAUAGAAAGGUUUCCCAUCCCUGGUUUUUCCCCGCCUUACGGCUGUAGCUUCUGGGAUUGGCUGCGGACCCCCGUCAUCCAGCGUAGGACGAGAAGGAAUAGAAGAUGGAUGGAUGGAUGGGUGAUGGAUGAAAUACAGGUUAAAGAGAAAAAUUAGAGAUGCAUUUAUGCACUUGUUUUCUCAGUUGUCCUGUUUUUUUUUUUGUCCCUUAGUUUUCUGUUAAUUGUUAAUUUGUUUGACGAAAAUACAUAACAAAAGCGUUUGCCUGUUCUGCCAUACUCAUAGUUGGGGGGGGGGGGGUGUUUUCAAUGGUAAGUACUUAAGAGACAAUACCAAAAUAGGUCUGUGAUUUAAGAAGAAAAUUCCUUGCUGUGUAGUCCUGGUAUUUCAAUAAUCAGAUCUGAUUCCAGUCGUCAGUGUAAUCAGUCAUUUGUCAUGGCUGUGUAUUGUUCUGUGUAUGAAUAUGUGUACCUUGCAUCAAACGCUAGUAAAUUCAUUUUUUUCUAUAUGUAUGUAGAUAUUUAUUAGCUGUGACUUACACAGCCAAACAUAACGUGUUAAGUUUCAUUUUUUUUAAAUGAAUUCUGAGGCGUCAAGUUUUCUGUAUUAGCAAAGAUACGUUAUGUGCACUGUUAUGAAUACUGUCGGGCUGUUAUCAAAGGAGGAAAAAGGCAUUUUUAAAUUUGUGUUGUUUAACUGUCAGAAAGCAGUACUGUCCGGAAUUUGCUGUCAGGUCAACAAAUAAAACACGGAAAUCUCUGCA